ACUCUCUAAACGCUGCGAACGAGCGAGCGAACAUCGACGACAAAGAAGUGGACGCAAGUGGCUCGCGCGCCUCGCUGGCCGGGGUGGUGGACGGAACACUGCGCGACGUUUACUAGACGAAAGAAAGAAAGCUCCGCGCUGGGCCGUUUCCUCCCGCGACAUGAGCACGGACGACGACCGGCAGCGGUGCGCGCCGCCCUCCUAAGUCGGCGCACGACCCCACGGUGCCGAACAGCCCGUCACCGCUCGCCCGGCCUCGACGACCCGUCCCGCGUGGACACCGAGGAUGAGCGCGGCGAAGGCUGUCUUCGGCGUCGCCGUGCUGCUAUCCUUCGCCGGCUGCAGCCGGGCCAGCACGGACGCCGACGAGCACGACCUGAACGACAGGUUCCUCGACACCCUGAUCAAGACCAAGGACAGCCGGUCGUUCCUCAACGACCUCAUCUACAAGAUACAGCUGCUGCUCAACGACACGGACGAGCCGCAACACACAACCCUCGCCGCGCCCACGAGCCCCAAGAGCGCCGUCACGCGCUGGGCUGCCAAGAGCCGAUUGCCCCAGAUGGCGUUGGGGCCGAUCGGAGAGGUGGUCGACUUGGAUCCCUCGACGGUUGUGAGUAGGCUCAGCAGCAGCAACAGCAACAGCAGCGUGCUGCCUCAGCAGCAGGUUAAACAGAAGCCUCAGCAGCAGUCUCAGAAAAAAACUCUGAAGCAAUCUCUGAAGCAAUCUCAGCAGCAGUCUCAGCUACAGCAGCAGCUGCAGCAGCAGGCGUCGCUGUUCAACGCCUCCUUGGAGUCCCUGCUGGCGUUGCCGCCCAACAUUACGCUGGACGCGCUGCAGAUCUUCAACCAGACGAACUUCAUCACCAACGAGACGGUGGUGGACGUGGCUGCCGAGAGAGAGGCCAAGCGAAACGCUAUCGGCCAGGACGCGAGCCAGCGGGUGGCCACGCUGGGCGUCAUCAUCUGCCUGACCUUCGUGGGCACGGCCACCUGCAUCGUCGUCAUGGCGUUGUACUCGUCCAAGUUCAGCGGCAUCAUACUGCUAAGCAACGGCCGCUGGUGGUGCCCGAUGGUGACCCGCGGCAACGGCGUUGAACGCCAGCUGCUUGUGUAGUCGCGCCUUCCCUCUCCCAUCCUUGUCUAUGACUUGUUUUGAAGUGUCUUGAUUGCUUCUUCUUCUUUUUUUUAUUCGCUCACAGAACAGACGGCAAAUAAAGCCAACGUGUCGUGUACGAAACGACUCGUGCAACGAUGUUGCACGACAAGGCUGAA